AUGGCCUCCCACAUAGUAGGCGGCUUACGCAAAGCAUCAGACGCCGUGCAGCAAACAAUCUCAAAAGACAAAAAGGUCAUCGACUUGCAGCAUGACAUGGUCAACAUCAACUCCAAGCUACCGAUGACCGCUGACCAUGGAGUCAAAGUUGAGAACACGGAUCAAUGGCUCCGGGUGGUUGAUGACAAGCAUACAGGUCCGUCACUGUUAGAGGAUCAACUGGCCCGAGAGAAGAUCACCCGCUUCGACCACGAACGCAUUCCUGAGCGAGUCGUUCAUGCUCGAGGCACAGGCGCAUUUGGAAACUUCAAACUGCACAAGAGCAUUGCGGAUCUUUCCUAUGCGGGUAUUCUCACGGAUACAAGCAGGAAUACUCCUGUCUUUGUGCGUUUCUCUACAGUUCAAGGAAGCAGAGGAAGCGCCGAUACGGUACGUGAUGUACGUGGAUUCGCAGUCAAGUUCUACACCGACGAAGGCAAUUGGGAUAUAGUGGGCAACAAUAUCCCGGUUUUCUUCAUUCAGGAUGCUAUCAAGUUUCCCGAUUUUGUGCACGCCGUGAAGCCAGAACCACAUAACGAAGUUCCCCAAGGCCAAACAGCCCACAACAAUUUCUGGGACUUCGUCUACCUCCACCCGGAAGCCACACACAUGGUAAUGUGGGCAAUGUCCGACCGCGCAAUUCCGCGAUCCUUCCGCAUGAUGCAAGGCUUCGGAGUAAACACCUUCACCCUAAUCAACAAAGCCGGAAAAUGCCACUUCGUGAAAUUCCACUUCAUCCCGCAGCUAGGCGUGCACUCCCUUGUCUGGGAUGAAGCGCUCAAAAUCAACGGCCAGGAUCCUGACUUCCACCGCAAGGACCUAAUGGACGCAAUUGACAACAAGGCCUACCCGAAAUGGGACUUCGCGAUUCAAGUGAUCCCAGAAGAGAAGCAGGACGCGUUUGAGUUUGAUGUUCUCGAUGCGACGAAAAUAUGGCCUGAAGAUCUUGUUCCGUUGCAGGUUAUUGGCCAGUUGGAAUUGAACCGUAAUGUGGACGAGUUUUUUCCCCAGACUGAGCAAGUUGCAUUUUGUACGAGUCACAUCGUGCCAGGGAUUGACUUUUCCGAUGAUCCGCUGCUGCAGGGUAGGAAUUUCUCUUACUUUGAUACCCAGAUUAGUCGGCUUGGUGUGAACUGGGAGGAAUUGCCGAUUAAUCGACCUGUUUGUCCGGUCUUAAAUCAUAAUCGUGAUGGGAAAUCGCGGCACCGGAUUACCCAGGGUGCGGUGAAUUACUGGCCGAAUCGAUUCGAGGCGUGUCCUCCAACCAGUGCCACUGGUGAAGCUGGAGGGUUCCAAUCAUUCCCAGCUAUGGUUGGCGGUCAGAAGCGUCGGGCUUUGAGUGAGAAGUUUGGAGAUCAUUUCACCCAACCGCAGUUGUUUUACAAUUCUCUUUCUGAACAUGAGAAACUGCAUGUUCGGAAAGCUCUGAGCUUUGAACUCGACCACUGCGAUGAUCCGACGGUGUAUACCCGUUUCGCAGGGCAUCGGCUCGCCGAAAUAGAUCUGGCGCUUGCGCAGGCUGUGGCUGAGGUAGUUGGUGCGCCUGUUCCUGAGCGUGCAACAAGUACAAACCCCGGGAAGAAAGCGCCGCGGCUCUCGCAGACCGAGUUCGUUCCAUCCACUCCAUCAAUCGCCAGCCGAAGGAUUGCAAUCCUGAUCGGAGACGGAUUUGAUGCUGUUGCAUUCAAUGGCCUGCGGGCUGCAAUACUGGCUGCACGAGCUCAACCGAUUGUGAUUGGAACCAAGCGAUCUCGCAUAUAUGCAGACGGGGAGAAGGCAUAUGUGGCCGCUGGAGUCGGGAUAGUACCUGAUCAUCAGCUGUACGGGGUGCGGUCGACAUUGUUUGAUGCGACUUUCAUUCCGGGUGGAUCACAUAUCAAGACUCUUUCGCAGGAUGGCCAGGUUAGGCACUGGGUUGCUGAGACUUUUGGACAUCUCAAGGCUCUUGGCGCUUCUGGAGAUGCGACUGGGCUAGUGAAGGAAAGCCUGGCUGCUGCUCCGGGUCUUCAGAUUGCGUCUUCUGGACCGAUUGAAUGGUAUGGGGUUGUUACGAUCGGUGGAAUCCAGAAACCUGAGAAUUUCAAGGAGACAGUUGACAUUGUGAGUGGCGCAAAGGAUUUCGUUGGGAUGUUCUUCUACCAGAUUGCGCAUCAUCGAAAUUAUCAGCGGGAGUUGGAUGGCCUUGCCGCGGUUGUGCCAUUUUAA